AUGCCCCUUCUAAUAACCCUCCCCCUCCUAAUAACGCCCCUUGUAAUAACCCCUCCCGCUCCUAAUAACGCCCCUUCUAAUAACCCUCCCGCUCCUAAUAACGCCCCUUCUAAUAACCCUCCCCCUCCUAAUAACGCCCCUUCUAAUAACCCUCCCCCUCCUAAUAACGCCCCUUCUAAUAACCCUCCCCCUCCUAAUAACGCCCCUUCUAAUAACCCUCCCCCUCCUAAUAACGCCCCUUCUAAUAACCCUCCCCCUCCUAAUAACCCUCCCCCUCCUAAUAACGCCCCUUCUAAUAACCCUCCCCCUCCUAAUAACGCCCCUUCUAAUAACCCUCCCCCUCCUAAUAACGCCCCUUCUAAUAACCCUCCCCCUCCUAAUAACGCCCCUUCUAAUAACCCUCCCCUCCUAAUAACAACCCUCCCCCUCCUAAUAACGCCCCUUCUAAUAACCCUCCCCCUCCUAAUAACGCCCCUUCUAAUAACCCUCCCCCUCCUAAUAACGCCCCUUAUAAUAACCCUCCCCCUCCUAAUAACGCCCCUUCUAAUAACCCUCCCCCUCCUAAUAACGCCCCUUAUAAUAACCCUCCCCCUCCUAAUAACGCCCCUUCUAAUAACCCUCCCCCUCCUAAUAACGCCCCUUCUAAUAACUCCUCCCCUCCUAAUAACGCCCCUUCUAAUAACCCUCCCCCUCCUAAUAACGCCCCUUCUAAUAACCCUCCCCCUCCUAAUAACGCCCCUUCUAAUAACCCUCCCCCUCCUAAUAACGCCCCUUCUAAUAACCCUCCCCCUCCUAAUAACGCCCCUUCUAAUAACCCUCCCCCUCCUAAUAACGCCCCUUCUAAUAACCCUCCCCCUCCUAAUAACGCCCCUUCUAAUAACCCUCCCCCUCCUAAUAACGCCCCUUCUAAUAACCCUCCCCCUCCUAAUAACGCCCCUUCUAAUAACCCUCCCCCUCCUAAUAACGGAAUCGGCUUCAGUAUGA